CGUAAUUCGUACUUUUUGAUUGGAAGAGAUGAGUUAGACCACACUUUUAUUAAUUUAAAGAAACGCAACACUCUCUCAAUAUCACUCUUCACUUUUUCACUUUUAGCCAUUCAUUAGUUACCAACAAACCCUUUUUCUUCUCUUCUCUCACCACACUGCAAACAGAGUCAACAACAACACACACAAACACAACGUCAUGAAAUCGCCGCAGCACAAAAACAAAACACCAAAAUCCCGAUCAGAUCCUCAACAACAACAAAAAUCCAAUUCCCUGGCCGUCACCGUUUUCCGAAAUGCACCCGAUUAUUAUUCCUGCGACCCCCUUAUUCCGUUAAGCACGUGCCUCCCCGCCUCGGGCACGUGCGCCGCCAGAAUGCGCCUACUGCCGCAUGCAGAUCAGGGUCUCAGUCUCCGCCGCUCCCCCCGCUUCAAUUCUGCUCCGGCCGCCGUGGAUGGCGGCAAUGCGGGCUCCAGAAAGCGGAAGCGGUCGCCGGAAACGGCGGCGACGGCAGCGGAGGAGGAGACAUCUCGGAGACGCUCCCCGAGAUUCUCAACACCCGUUAAGUGGCAAGGGUCUAGGGGUCCAGAAUUACCAUUGAAUGCUUACCUAAAGGACCAAAAUGUAGAUUCCAAUCUUCAUUCAGAUGCUAAGCCUAUCAAAAAUUCUCACGGGAAGUUCUUUGGUGAGAAGCACUUGAGGCAGUGCCCAGGAUUAGAUCCAUCAAGUGAGGCAUAUGCAGAAAAGCUUGAGGUGAAACUGCAUGGUACAUUGGAGCCUAGGAGAUCUCCUAGACUUUCAUCGUCAAAUGGGAAUGAAAACAUGGAAAUUAAUGCUUCACAAGUUAAAAGAACAUCAAAAGUAGUUCACCAAAAGAAAAAAAAUACCAAAGUGAUUUCUACUUACAUUGAAUUGUCUAAUUCACCAGUUGAGCAGCAUAUGUGUGGAAUUGAUGAUACAAAAUACUUGAUAAGGUCUUCAGAGGCAAUCACAUCCCCAUCCUGGACUGAAAAUGGCAGAACAACUUCUAAUUCCUUUGCCUUGCCUGAGUCAGAUGACAGGCCACCAAGAAAGAAAUUUAAUACAUCUACUUCUUCAACUAAGGAAUGUAUAGAUUCAGAAAACUUUCCUUCCUUCAUUGGUGAUCCAAUACCAGAUGAUGAAGCUCAGAAAAGAUGGGGAUGGCGUUAUGAAUUAAAGGACAAAAAAUGUAAAGACAACAUGUUUAAAAUAAACGAGGGUGAAGAAGAUGAGAUUAUUGCAAAUGUCAAAUGCCAUUAUGCCCAAGCUGAAAUUGGGAAUUGUAUUUUUAGUCUUGGCGAUUGUGCAUUUGUAAAAGGUGAAGGAGAAGAAAAACAUGUUGGCAAGAUUAUUGAAUUUUUCCAAACAACUGAUGGUCAAAAUUAUUUCCGAGUCCAAUGGUUUUACAGAAUUCAAGAUACAGUUGUCCAAGACGAAGGUGGUUUUCAUGAUAAGAGGCGUGUAUUUUAUUCAGCAAUAAUGAACGAUAACUUAAUAGAUUGCAUAAUGGGAAAAGCUAAUGUCACACAUAUAACGCCUAGGGUUGGUCUGAAGUUGGCUUCAAUUUCAUCAUCUGACUUCUAUUAUGACAUGGAAUAUUGCGUGGAUUAUUCUACAUUCCGCAACAUACCUACAGAUGCCUCUACAGUAACUGAGAGUCAACCCUGUUCUGAGUUGAACAAGACAGAAUUAGCAUUACUAGAUCUCUAUUCUGGGUGUGGUGGCAUGUCAACUGGAUUGUGCUUAGGUGCCAAAACUGCAUCAGUUAACCUUGUCACGAGAUGGGCUGUUGAUAGUGAUAGGUCUGCUGGUGAAAGCUUGAAACUAAACCAUUCGGACACCCAUGUGCGAAAUGAAUCUGCCGAGGACUUUCUGGAACUAUUGAAGGCGUGGGAAAAGCUAUGCAAACGGUAUAAUGUCAGCAGCACAGAAAGAAAACUUCCAUUUCGAUCCAAUUCUUCAGGAGCAAAGAAACGAGGGAAUUCUGAAGUUCACGAUAUUUCUGAUGGUGAACUUGAAGUUUCUAAGUUAGUUGAUAUUUGUUUUGGUGAUCCCAAUGAAACUGGCAAACGUGGUCUAUAUUUGAAGGUGCAUUGGAAGGGUUACAGUGCAAGUGAAGACACAUGGGAACCAAUUAAAAGCUUAAGCAAGUGUAAGGAAAGCAUGCAGGAUUUUGUGAGGAAAGGGAUGAAAUCAAAUAUCUUGCCUCUUCCUGGUGAAGUUGAUGUUAUUUGUGGGGGUCCUCCUUGUCAAGGAAUAAGUGGAUAUAAUCGCUUUCGAAACUGUGCAUCACCAUUAGAUGAUGAAAGGAAUCGUCAGAUUGUGAUUUUCAUGGACAUGGUGAAAUUUUUGAAGCCUAGGUAUGUUUUAAUGGAAAAUGUGGUUGACAUAUUGAGAUUUGACAAGGGUUCGCUUGGAAGAUAUGCAUUGAGUCGUUUGGUACAUAUGAACUACCAAGCAAGGUUGGGAAUCAUUGCUGCUGGGUGUUAUGGUCUUCCCCAAUUUCGGUUGCGUGUUUUCUUGUGGGGUGCUCAUCCAAGUGAGCAGGUUAUACCCCAAUUUCCACUGCCAACGCAUGAUGUUAUCGUCAGAUACUGGCCUCCACCAGAGUUUGAGCGCAAUGUUGUUGCUUAUGAUGAAGAGCAACCUCGUGAGUUAGAGAAAGCUACUGUUAUUCAAGAUGCCAUCUCUGAUCUUCCUGCUGUCAUGAACACUGAAACUCGUGAUGAAAUGCCAUAUCAAAAUCCUCCAGAAACAGAAUUUCAAAGAUAUAUACGAUCAACUAAGUAUGAGAUGACUGGGUCAAAAUCAAAUGGCACAACAGAGAAAAGACCCUUAUUGUAUGAUCACCGUCCCUACUUUUUGUUUGAAGAUGACUACCUACGUGUUUGUCAAAUUCCAAAACGCAAGGGCGCAAAUUUCCGUGAUCUGCCUGGUGUAAUUGUAGGAGCUGACAAUGUGGUUAGACGACAUCCGACAGAGAAUCCAUUGCUACCAUCUGGAAAGCCAUUGGUCCCAGAAUAUUGCUUCACUUUUGAGCAUGGGAAGUCUAAGAGACCAUUUGCACGGUUGUGGUGGGACGAGAAUCUUCCUACUGCACUAACCUUCCCAAGUUGUCAUAACCAGGUUGUACUACAUCCGGAGCAGGAUCGAGUCCUCACUAUACGAGAAUUUGCCAGGCUGCAAGGAUUUCCUGAUUAUUAUAGAUUCUAUGGGACUGUAAAAGAGAGGUACUGUCAAAUUGGAAAUGCAGUUGCUGUUCCUGUUUCACGGGCUUUAGGUUAUGCCCUAGGACUUGCUUGUAGAAAGCUCAAUGGAAAUGAGCCACUUGUAACCCUCCCGUCCAAGUUCUCUCACUCCAAUUAUCUUCAGUUAUCUAAAUGCGUGUUUGGAAACACGUCCAACGAGGUGAAUUCACGUCAAUUCAGGGCUUUGGACGCGGAAGCUACACCGGGUAGCAUUGGCCAAGACUCACGUGUGGAAGAUUCGACACAGCUCCAAACAUGCUAUAAUAAUCAGCCUGGCAACACUGACUAACAUUCAUCCUAUUCUUUUCAUUGAUUUCAUUGUAACCAGUGUUUAUAUUUAAAGUUGUUGCUGAGAAAUUUUCAUUUAUAUGUAUCCGGUGAAUUCUCCUCAGCAACUCCACUUUAGUUGAAUUCACACUUUUAUUUAUUUGCAUAUCUCUUUGGCUUUAGCUAGUAAGCUAAUACGUUCAAGACUAGAGGUAAUCUUGAGAAUUGCUUUCUUUCUCGGAGUAAGUGAUUCUUUCCUUGCCUGAUUUCUUUCAUGUAAUCAAACAGGUGGUGUAAAAAUGCUACCCAUUGUCUUAAGGGCAUUGAUUAAUAUUUAUAAAAAAAAA